AACCAGAAGCGCGUAGUCAGUUAAGUACUUUCGUUUAACAUACCCAAUUGUCCGGGUCAAAAACAUUGGUCCUGGGGAAUUUAAGUAUGGAUCUUUGUGCUAAUGUCGUGAUCAGCGACGUUGAUUGUGUGUGAUUUUCAGAAGAAAAUGCCGCGUCUUCCAUUAUACGGAGAUUGUGUUCCUGUGGAUUGCCGUUUAGUGUCGUCGAUUAUUUGUAGGUGUUGUUGCGCGGUGUGUUGUGAAUCAUUCGAAAAUUGACUGAUCAAGUUUUUUCUUAAUGACGUACUAGUGUUAAUAGGCCAGUACCAUGGAUUUUAUUUAAAUUGGUUUUAUUUGAAUGAUUACCUUUCAUAGUCAUCGCAUUACUCACAAGUGUUCGGACCUUUCUGAAUGGAGGUCCUGGUAAUGCCAUCUAGUCUGACGAAGUUGUAAGGAGUAAUGGGACGAACACUGUGGCUCAAGUUCGCGUGUAUCUGGCUAUGGUGUUGCAUGAUACAGGGCCAUCCUGACACGUCCCGGAUGUCAUUUCAUCAAAGUAUGAAUCCCUCGCUGGGUUCCAUAGCAGCUGUUAGCAGCUCUUACGAAGAUGAAGUGUGCCUAGAUGUUGACAUCCGGAAUUCUGUGUCUAUGUUCAACAAAUUAACGAACUGUUCUGUAGUGGAAGGCUCGGUACAAAUUUUACUAAUUGACAAUGCGGAAAGCAAGGACUUUGAAAACAUGACUUUUCCGAAGCUUAAGGAAAUUACGGGUUAUCUUCUUCUCUAUAGAGUACAAGGUCUUCAGUCACUGUCUAAACUCUUCCCCAACUUGGCAGUAAUACGAGGAGACGUACUGUUUCACAACUAUGCUCUUGUCAUAUAUGAAUUGCGUGCCAUACUGGAUGUUGGACUACUUAGUUUAACAACAAUUCUUCGAGGAUCUGUUCGUAUUGAAAAGAAUCCACAUUUGUGCUAUGUAGAAACCAUCGACUGGGAUAUAAUUGCCAAAGCUGGUCGAGGUGGACAUUUCAUCAAAGAUAAUAAAGCAUAUGCUCAAUGUCCCAAUACGUGCCCUGACAGUGAUUGUCCAAAGAGUAGCAAUUCCAAAUCACGAAUGCAGCAGAAACUAUGUUGGAAUUCUCAUGCAUGCCAGAAAGUGUGUAGUUCUAACUGCCUGUAUCAAAAUUUGACAUGCUCAUCUAGAGAUCAAUGCUGCCAUCCAGAAUGUCUUGGAGGCUGUAGUGGACAUUUAUCCAAAGAAUGUGUUGCAUGCCGGCAUGUUGUAUAUAAUGUAACAUGUGUAAGUCAGUGUCCACCUGGUACUUAUAAAUAUUUAGAUCGAAGAUGCAUUGAAGCAGAGAAAUGCAAGAGGAUUCAGAACAAACUUUCCAUUACCCGAGACAGCCAAGAAAUUUAUUGGAAACCGGUAAAAGGAGAAUGUCUACCUCAGUGCCCUGUUGGUUAUGCAGAAAAUGAACGGAACAAACAUGAAUGUAAACCAUGCAAAGGGCAAUGUCCGAAAAUUUGUGCUGGGGCUGUUAUUGAUAGUGUUGGAUCGGCACAGAAAUUAAAAGGCUGUACACAAAUAUAUGGUUCACUAGAAAUACAGAUUCAAGGAGGAGAUAACAUUAUAAAAGAACUGGAAGCAAGUCUUAGUAGUAUUCAAGAAAUUAAAGGAUAUCUCAAAGUAGCACGAUCCUUUCCUCUUGUAUCUUUGAAUUUUUUAAGAGAUUUAACUGUUAUCCAUGGAGAGCAGCUUGAUAAGAAAGAGUAUGCACUCCUUGUAUUGGACAACCAAAAUCUUCAAGAGCUUUGGAACUGGGAAAGUAGGAAAACUAAACUUCGCAUUGAAGGUGGAAAAGUAUUUUUUCAUUUCAACUCCAAAUUGUGCCCGAAUAAAAUUCAAGAACUCAAAAAAUAUGCUGAAGUAAAGGACUGGGAUGAGAGAGAUGUUUCUCCUAGUUCAAAUGGUGACAGAGUGGCAUGUAAUAUCGUUGACAUGAAUCUCACAGUUUGGGGAAUCAAAGCUAAUGUUGUUGGUUUGUCUUGGAAAAAUUUUCGGAAAACCCACGAAGAUAUGGAUUUUCGCUCUCUACUUGGUUAUGUAAUUUACUACAGAGAAGCUCCUGAUAGGAAUGUUACUAUAUUUGAUGGAAGAGAUGCCUGUGGAGCUGACGAGUGGAAGAUAGAUGAUGUGGAUGCUAAUGAUGAAGAUGAAAGCAUCAUAACAUUGUUACCUCAUUUGAAGCCAUUUACUAUGUAUGCUGCCUACAUGCGAACUUACACAAUAGCUUCUGCUUUAGUGGGAGCUCAAAGUCCUAUUAUUUAUUUUACAACUAAACCAUCUACACCAUCAUCUCCCGUAAAUGUUCAAGCACACGCAUCAUCUCAUAAUGAAAUCAUUAUAACAUGGCAUAGUCCAAAGCAUCCUAAUGGAAUCAUCACUCAUUAUGUCAUUGAUGGAAUUCGUGAGAAAGAUUCUUCUGAAUUCAUCAGCCAAAGGAAUUACUGUAAUGAGCCUUUGGUUAUGUCCGAUUUUAAAAAACCUAAUCAGGACAAAAGUACUGAAAUUAGUGAUAUGUGGACAUUUGAGGAGAAGAAGAAGCCUAAAGAAAAUGAAUCAAAAAAUUGCUGCUCGUGUUCCAAGACAAAACCUUUGCCAAACAUAGGUGAUGACCCAGAAGCACAAAUACAGUUUGAAGAUUUUCUUCAUAAUAAAGUAUACUUAAAAAACCCCAAUGCACCUAAAACUCCAAAAAAUGUUUCUGUGAUUCCAACAUCCUCUCCAGUUCGAGAUGCAACAUCAUCUAAUUUCCUAAAUGAAACAUUCACAUCUAAACCAGGAAGAACAUCGUCAAUUACUCCUGUUGUGGAAAAUGUUACUGAAGCAACAACAACAUUGCUUCCAGAACUUGAGGAAGGAUAUUUUCACUAUGAAGUCCGUGAUGCUAUGUUCCUUGCUGUAAAAAACCUCCAUCACUUUACUGAAUAUACUAUUGAAGUACGAGCUUGCCAAAAUAAGGAUGAAUUGGAUGAUGAGCCAUGUAGUUCACAAAGUAUUACCACAGUUAGGACAUUUCCAUUAGGUGGUGCUGAUGAUAUUGAUGUAUCAAGUAUUGUAAUAAAUAAUGAAAAUUUAACCAGUGGCAUCUUGUUUGUUAAAUGGGAUGAGCCAAAAGAUUAUAAUGGUUUAAUUGUUAAUUAUCACAUAGAGAUAAGAUCUGCAGAAGCAAGCGAAUAUAAACCUCUACCUGUAUGUAUAACUCAAGUAGAAUAUCAAAAAAGAAGUGGAUAUAGUCUAUAUGACUUGCUACCCGGAAAUUAUUCCUUGCGUUUGAGGGCUACCUCAUUAGCUGGAAAUGGCAAUUGGACAACACCUUUAUAUUUUGUCAUUCCAGAUUCUAGAGGUGGUUUAAGAUCAGAGAUCUUGGCAUUUUUAGUGGUAGCUGUUAUUAUAGUCUGCAUCAUUAUUCUUGGAGCUGCAUUCUAUGUUUUCUAUCGCAAAAAAUAUUUGAAUGACAUACCUACAAUGCUGUAUGCUUCUGUGAAUCCAGAGUAUAUGAGUGCAGUUUACGAACCAGAUGAAUGGGAAGUGCCUAGAGAUAAAAUCAAGUUACUUCAAGAGCUUGGACAAGGAUCAUUUGGUAUGGUGUACAGAGGGGAAUAUGAAACUUCUGAUAAACAAAUUUUGAAAUGUGCUGUCAAGACUGUGAAUGAAUCUGCAUCUCUGAGAGAAAGAAUUGAAUUUUUGCAAGAAGCAUCUGUGAUGAAGGCUUUCAACUGCCAUCAUGUUGUCAAAUUGCUAGGUGUUGUUUCCAAAGGCCAUCCAACUUUGGUAAUAAUGGAGUUAAUGGGCAAAGGAGAUCUAAAAGCUUAUCUUCGAUCUCGUCGCCCAGACAACGAGGAUAACAUUGCUGGACCUCAUUUACCUCCACCAACAUUGAGUGAAAUUUUGCAAAUGGCAGUUGAAAUCGCCGAUGGUAUGGCUUAUCUUGCUGCAAAAAAAUUUGUGCACAGGGAUCUAGCAGCUAGAAACUGUAUGGUUUCUGAUGACUUAACAGUAAAAAUAGGAGAUUUUGGAAUGACUCGAGAUAUUUACGAGACUGACUAUUAUCGUAAAGGUGGUAAAGGUUUACUGCCUGUGCGAUGGAUGGCACCAGAAUGUUUAAAGGAUGGAUUAUUUAGUUCGCAAUCUGACAUAUGGUCCUAUGGUGUGGUACUUUGGGAAAUGGCAACUUUAGCAUCCCAACCAUACCAAGGAUUAGCCAAUGAACAAGUACUCCAUUUUGUAAUUUCUGGUGGGAAAAUGUCAAAGCCUGAAAAUUGUCCAGCAAAAUUGUAUGCCAUAAUGGAGCUGUGCUGGGCCAAAAAUCCAAAGGCACGACCAACUUUUACAGAACUCAUAGACAUGCUGCUUCCAGAUAUCAACCAAAAUCAUUUUCGUGAAGUGUCCUUUUAUUUCACUCAACGACAGGAGACGAGCGCCAAAGAGACUGACGUUGACUCAGCCACUGCUUCAACCCCUAUGAGGACUCAGUGGAUGGACUCUCAAAACUCACGAGAGGAUUCUGAUGCUGAAUCAGAAAUUGCAUUUUUCCCUCCCACAAGGAGCAUUACCCAAAGAGACUAUACGAGGGGAAAAAAUUCUCUUGAUGGUAAUGCAAGAGGGGACAGCAGAGCUUACAGUGUUCAUUCCAAUGAUGGCAGCAAAGGCAUGUCUGUAACGUCUUCGGACGAUAGUAAAGGUAGCAAAGUGAGUAGUACUUCAAACGGAAGUGUACCCAAUGGACUUGUACCUUAUGUACCCUGUCGAACUACCACAUGUUGAUUGUACAUUAAAUGUGUGCUGUCGUAUGGUGCAUGCAUGGAACUUCAAUAACUGAAAACUACAUAAAUAUGUGUUUGGUCUUUUAACUUCAAAACCUGUACAGAUCUUGUGUAUAUGUGUGCUUGUCAUUGUAUGUAUAUGUAUAUAUAUGAGUAUAUGUAUGCAUACAAUCCUAUACAUAUUAUUUAUGACCUUGUACAGUAUGUGUCUGUCAUCCAGUGAUUCCAGAACAGUAGGAACAGAAUUUUAUAUGAGUGUGUCAAUCUAUGUGGCUUGUGUCUUCUUAGCUAUAUGUAUCUGAGCUCUCGUCUUUUAUUUUUAAAUCAUCAGAGUCAGGAGUUUAAUCUGUUUUUCCUUUUAGUCAGCUAACUAUUUUGUACAUUCCCUCUGAUUUCAACAUCUGUCAUACUAUCAUAGUUUUUUUAUGUUAACAUUUUGUCAAUCAUUUAAGAGUUAUGCUUUGUAUUGUGCUGUGUAUCAUCAGUAAGAAUAUCUCUUAUAAUGACUAGCUCCUGGUCAAGUACUAUUUGAAUGAUUGACAAUUUGUUUUGAUUGUUUAUUGGACAAUAUUUAGCAACAACUGCAAUUGCAACUGUCAUGAAAAAUUUGAUUCUUAUUGUAAUUGAUUCUGGGCAUAAAAUUUUAAAUUUAUAUGAAAUUAAUUUUUAAACAAAAUUGCAAACAUCUGUAUUGUCAAAAUUAAUUCAGUUGUUGGGUAUAAUUGCUGCAAUUUGAAGAUUAUUUAUUAGAAACUAUCAAAUAUUAUUUGAUAAAGGAGUGCAUUUGUUGUUUUGAUAGCAUUAGGAACGAAGCAAGUUUUUAAAAUUAUUUUAUUAAAUAUGUAAGUAAAUUCUUAAUAUAUAAAAUUUCAAAAAAGAGAGACAAAGCAGAGAAAAUCUUGAAAAUUUUAAUGAAUGAAAAAGAUAAUUGUAAAACUUAAUUGAUUAAUUCAUAUUCUCUCUAUUUUUUUAUUUUUAUUUAUAUACAUUAAAUUUGUCGAUGAUACAAGAUUAUGCUUUUAAAUUUUUUUGUCUUUUCAAAAUUUCUAAUGAAUUAAGAGAACAAUACUUUUUAUCUAUUAGCUCAAAAAACUGCAGAGAUUAAUUUGUUACAGAAAUUAUAUUAAAAGUAAAUGUGUUAUUUUUGUAAAGUUUUGGUAAGUUAUUUUAAUAGAAGGACUAGAAUUUUUUAGAAA